UUUCUUCGUCACCAUGGCGCUCUCUGCCCGGGCCCUGGCUCUCUUCCUGGUGUGUGUGUCGGCAGCAGACGUUUCGGCGUCAGGUGAGAGUGUGAAUGUCACGGUGACCACCACGUCCGUACAUGUGUCAUGGCAGAAGGAGGGGCAAUGGAAAGGUGUGAAUUCCUUCCAUGUGGACCUCAAGAUGAACGGCUACUCUUUCUGUGACAAGAAUGUCCUAUGCCUCUUCUCUACGAGCUGUGCCUUCAACAGCGAGGCACAGUGCGGCAAGAUCGCUCCCUGUGCCGAUGUCUUUGUCACGGUUACCGGGAAUAACUUCACUGCACAAGUCGAUGUGAUGACUGCCCCUCCGGCAGUCAAUGAUAUAAACACUAAAGGCCCAGAAAACAGGAAGACGGUCACCUGGACCAACCCUACAUCUUCGUGCCUUAAGGACCUCAUCGCGACAGUCCAGUACGGGGGCUACUACAACUACACCUUGGUCCAGGACACAAGCCAAAACUCUGUCACUGUGCCUCUUUGCAUGAAUGGCCUGGGGACAGUGAAGGUGCGAGCCAGAGGUGGCAGUGGUGAAAGUGACGCAGUGACUGCUCUUCUUUACCGGAAAAGCCAAGGCGACGCCGUUAAGAUCCAGAACUGCCCGCCUCAGGGUUGUACGGAGGUAGACAUUAACUGGGAGUACAAGCCAGUGUGUCCUGAUGUAGAUCACCUCUAUCUGACGUUGGGAGAUGUCUUUAACACUACCACCGAUCUCAGCGUCACUGGCGUCACCAUCAAGGAGUUGGACCUCAACACGAAGUAUAGAACUUGUCUUCACGCCUUCGACGUGGACGACACGCUGUUGGCAAGACAUUGCACCAAUUGCAGAUCUCAACCUGAAGUGGUGGACAAGCUGAGUGUGACUAAUGUGACAGACACCACAGCCGUGAUUGACUGGGAGCCUCCAAUCUGUCCCACUGCAGACGAAAUUGAGUAUAAUGUGUCCUACUCUAAAUCGGGGAAUAAACGCUCCUACAUCACUACUGACUCCAAGUUCCAGUGGACUGAGCUAAAACCCGCCCAGAAUCACAACUUGUGUGUGACAGUACUACACAAUGGCAUCACUUCAGCCGAUCCUGCUUGCGUAGACGCCUUCACACUUCCUGAGUCUCUCGGAAGGAUCGUGGUGAGGGUUUACGAAGAGUCUUCUCUCUUCAUUACGUGGGAAGGGGGUUUCUUCACACCGAACCUUAAGUACCGUGUGUCUUGGGGCGACGAUCUGACUCAUUUCGACUAUACGGAGUAUAAAAGCUAUACUAUCGACGGCUACAACGAAACGGUGGGACCCAACGAAGUUUGCGUGGAGGGAGAGACCAAACUUCCCACUGGUCUGAGGAGCAUUGCCACUUGUCAGGAGUCGCCUUUUCCUAAUUUCAUUCCAGCCAAGCCUGACCAUACCGAUAUGAUCAUCGGGGUGUCUGUGUCAGCGGGUCUGGCCUUGCUGCUGUCCUUGAUGCUGGUGGUGAAGGCCAUGAAGGAACCACGGUCCAAGAAGUUAUAAUAAGUGUCAAGGUUGAAGUUAAGGAACUGAGAGAACAUUAGGAAAGGAAAUAACAUAGACUUCAUUAUCAUUAUACACAUAGCUGUCCCUACACACACACACACACACACACACACAGAGAGAGAGAGAGAGAGAGAGAGAGAGAGAGAGAGAGAGAGAGAAUAUCUUCGUAUAAUAUACUCAUAAUUGCUCAAACACACACACACACACACACACACACACACACACACAUUUUGUAGUAAAGACUCUCCUUAAUACAUGCAUACAAUACAACAUGAACAAUAUAUAUGCUAUGUAAGGACAAUAGCUCUAAUAAUGAUUAAAAUAAACAGUAUUUAUUAAUUGCCUAA